ACAAUUUUUAGGGAUGUGAUUUUAACUUCGUCCAUGGCUUUAUCUGAGGGCAUACAGGGGGAAAUAUUUUUGAGUGUUGGUAACACUGAAUUCUGACAGCUGACAUUUGACAACUUUAUUUUGCAUUCUUUUCAUAUGUCAAAAUAGGCGGAAGGUAGUGUAUCAAGAUGUUGAUGCCUAAACAGAAUCGUGUUUCUAUUUAUGAGUACCUUUUCAAAGAAGGUGUUAUGGUAGCUAAGAAGGACUACCAUGCACCCAAACAUCCAGAUCUUGAGAAGAUCCCUAACCUCCAAGUUAUCAAAGCUAUGCAGUCUUUAAAAUCUAGAGGUUACGUGAAGGAACAGUUUGCGUGGAGGCAUUUUUACUGGUACCUAACUAAUGAAGGUAUUGAGUACUUGAGGAUCUUCCUUCAUCUACCCCCUGAAAUUGUGCCAGCAACCCUCAAGAGAUCAGUACGGACAGAGACUGUCAGACGUGGUGCCGGCGUUGGUCGCCCUGACGCCCCCGCUCGCUCCGCUGAAGAUCGCUCGGCCUAUCGCCGCGCACCUACAGCUCCUGGCGCUGGACACGAUAAGAAAGCUGAUGUUGGUCCUGGAUCAGCUGGUGUUGAAUUUAGAGGAGGAUUUGGACGCGGAAGGCCGGCACCUUAAUUAAGCAAAAUAAAUAUAAUUGUCUAA